GGCGGGGUCUAGGGGCGCCCUGGGCGGGGGGAUCGACUCGAUCUGCAGGCGAGGGAUCGGGGAGGCCUGGCGGGGGCUAGGCGUCGACUGGAUCGCAGGGGAUCUUCCCAGGACCCUCCUUGCCGGGGGCUGGAGGGUGGGAAUCAACCGGAUCCGGAGGGGCUGGAUGUCUUGGAGAGGGAUUGGGCACUGGCCGGAUCAAGCGGGGAGUCUAUAGGAUCCGGAGCUGCCGGACCUCUUGGGGUGGCACCAGGGGCUAGCGGGACCUGCCCAGGGAGCAGGCAGCACUGGCAGCGCUGGGGCUACUGGAUCUCUCGGCGAGGGAUGAGGGAUCCAGGAGAGUCCUUGCCAGGGGCUGGGCUGGGCUGGGGACCCACCGGACCUGGAGCCGCGGGCUCUGGGCGGACCAGCGGGAUCUCCCCGGGGCAAACCUCGGCAGGGCUGGGACGGGGACCUGCGGGAUGCGGGGAGCCCGGGCAGGGCGGGGCGGGGCGGGGCGGGGAGCUACCGCGUCCGGAGCCGCUGGGUGCCGGGGUGCCGCAGCGCCGCCGCGAGCCGGGCCGAGUCUGCGCCGGGCGGGCGGCGGCCGCGGGACCAGGGGCUGCGCGAGGCGCGGGUCGGGCCGCAUUAGCAUAACUCUGCAUAUAUUAGCAUACAUUAGCGGGGCCCGCGCCGCGCCGGGCGGGGGCGCCACCCCGCGGUGGAUGCGGGCACGGCGGGCGGGGGGGGGGGGCAGCGGCACCCCUCUCGCACUGCACCCCCCCAGCCCAGUGCCCCUGCCCCUGGGACCCCACCAUAGUGCCCCCCGACCCCACCCCACUGCCCCCCCCUCAGCCCAGUGCGCCCCUGCCCCUGGGACCCCACCCCAGUGCCCCGCCCUCAGCCCAGUGCCCCCGACCCCACCCCAGUGCCCCCCUGCCCCUGGGACCCCUACCCCCCAGCGCCCCCACCCUCAGCCCACUGCCCCCUGACCCCCCUAAUGCCCCCACGCCCCCUGACCCUGUGACCCCACCCUAGUGCCCCCCCACUGCCCCCCUGCCCUGUGCCCCCCUGACCCCACCCCAGUGCCCCCACGCCCCCAACCCUGUGACCCCACCCCAGUGCCCCUCACUGCCCCCUGCCCCCGUAGCCCCCCCCAGUCCCCUCCCUUCCGCGCCCCUCCCCACUCCCCAGAUCCGCCCCCUCCCUCCCCCCUGCAGCUCCAGGGCUGACUGCACUGCAUGUAUCCCACCUGCACUGGUGAGACUGGGAGCUACUGGGAUUUGUACUGGGAGCCCUGGACAGUAACCACCCCCCCCCCCCCCCGAACCAUUCUGGGGUUUACGCCCCCGGCACCUGGCAGCAAUUAACCCUUUCAGGGCCGGGCUGGACGGAGCUGGGAUGCCCGGAUCCUCCCUGAGGAUUUCGGGGAGGGGAGCGGGGGCCCGGACCCCUGGGGUCCACCCUCCACUCCUGGGGGCAGUGGGGCUCAGUGGGGGGAGCCAGGACGGGGGGGCUGGGUAGGGCCAGAUGCCCAGGGUCCCUUGCUUGGCCUGGUCCGGGGAGCAGGGGUCUUGGGGGUCGCUGACAGGCGGGGCUGGGUGCGCAAUCCCACCCCCCACACCCAGCACGUGGGGAAACUGAGGCCUGGAGGUGGAAGCCAGGUGUCGGGGCCUGGUCUGGGGCCCCAUCAGCCGCCGUCCGCUCCCCAGAGGGUUAAGGCACCUGCUGGGCCGUGCCCCACCCUGGGCGGGCUGGGGUCAACCCGGGCAUCCAGGGCAGACGCGGGCAGACGCUGGCCAUGGCAGCUCCGGGCAUCCGUGUGCGGCUGGUGGGGGCCCCGGGCGCGACGCCCGGCCCGGCGGUGCCGUACGGGGGGCAGCGGUUCCAGGAGCUGUGGGGCCGGUGCCGGGAGCGCGGGGAGCUCUUCAUCGACCCGCUCUUCGACGCCCGGCCCGCGGCCCUCGGCUACCACAACCUGGGGCCCUACACCCCCGUCGCCCAGGAGGUGCAGUGGAGGAGACCCCAGGAGAUCUGCAAGGAGCCGAUGUUCAUCCAGGAGGGCAUGAGCCGGACAGACGUGUGCCAGGGCGAGCUGGGCAACUGCUGGUUUCUGGCGGCGGCCGCAUCCCUGACCCUGCGCCCCCGUCUGCUGCGGAGGGUGGUGCCCCCCGGGCAGGGCUUUGCCCCGGGGCAGUACGCCGGCAUCUUCCACUUCCAGUUCUGGCAGUACGGGCAGUGGGUGGACGUGGUGGUGGACGACCGGCUGCCGGUGCGGCACGGGCGCCUGCUCUUCGUCCGCUCCGCGCAGUCCGGCGAGUUCUGGAUGCCGCUGCUGGAGAAGGCCUACGCCAAGCUGAACGGGUCGUACGAGGCCAUGAGCGGCGGAUACAUGAACGAGGCAUUCGUGGACUUCACGGGGGGCCUCGGCGAGUCCCUGUCCCUCAAGACGCCCGACCCCGAGCUCUACGGCACCGUGCAGGCCGCGCUGCGCCGGCGCUCGCUGCUCGGGGCCCACAUCCAGGUCUCUGGCACCCAGGACAGGGAGCAGAAGACCCUGGAGGGGCUGGUGAAGGGCCAUGCCUACUCUGUCAUCGGCACCUACCAGCUUGACCUGGGGGACCGGCAGGUGAAGCUGGUGCGGCUGAGGAACCCGUGGGGCCAGGCGGAGUGGAUCGGGGACUGGAGCGACAGCUCCCCGCUCUGGGCCCAGCUGGACCCGCGGCUGCGGGAGAAGUUGACCAUGAAGAAGGAAGACGGCGAGUUCUGGAUGCAGAUGUCCGAUUUCCGCCGCUGCUUCGACGCCCUGGAGAUCUGCAGCCUGAGCCCGGAGGCGCUGGCUGGGCAGGAGGAGGAGGAGGAAGGCGGUGGCUGGAGCUCCCAGACUUUGCGGGGCCGCUGGGUUGCCGGGUACAGCGCUGGGGGGCACCGGAGCUACAACCAGGGGUCCUACUGGAUGAACCCCCAGUUCUACGUGGCCCUGGAGGAGCCGGACGCGGCCGAGGGGGAGGGUCCGGGCCCCGCGCCCACCUGCACCCUCCUGGUGUCCCUGAGCCAGUGCAGCCGGCGCCAGGCGCGGCGCCAGGGCCAGGACUUCCUGCCCAUCAGCCUCGCGAUCCUGAAGGUGACGGAGGAGGUAACUGUCCGCGACCGGGCACGGGCCCCCGGCCCCCCAGCUGGGACGUACCACGUCAAGAGGCCACGGGGUGGGGACAGGGUCCCUGAGAUCAAUCGGGGCCAGGGCCGGGGCCGUGGCCUGGUCCACGCCAGGUCCUGGCUGGGUCUCUGCUGGGUGGGUCCGUGCCACAUCCAUGCCCCCGUGGCCGGGUCCGUGGCUCAGGUCCAGUCUCCGGCAGUACCUGGCGGCCCCGAGCACGCAUGGCAACGGGAUCUGCUGUCGAGGUUGCCAGCCGUGGCCCAGACGCCCUACGCCUACCUGCGGGACGUGACGCUGCGCUGCCGCCUGCCGCCCGGCCACUACCUGGUGGUGCCCAGCACCUACCGCGCACUGGACGAGGCCGCCUUCGUGCUGCGCCUCUUCGCCGAGCGCACGCCCACGGCCCGGGAGAUCAGGGACGAGAUCUGGGAGGACGCGAGGCCCCUGAAGGUACCUGCGUCCCCGGCCCUGCCCAGCCCCCUGGGCUUCCCCGACGCCGACACCUUCCAGCAAACCUUCCUGCAGCUCGCGGGGCCGGACCAGCAGGUCGACGCCGCCCGCCUGUGGGAGAUCCUGAACCGCAUCGUCACCAGGCAGCCCCGCAUGCAGGCCGACGGCUUCUCCCUCGAGUCCUGCCACAAGAUCGUCCAGCACUUCGACCGCAGGGGCCGGGGCCGCUUGGCCCUGCCAGACUUCCGGGACCUGUGGAGCAGGAUCAAGGAGUGGGAGGCUGUGUUCACCCGCUUCGACGAGGACGGCUCGGGCACCAUGAACAUCCACGAGAUGCGGCUGGCGCUGGAGGCGGCGGGUUUCCACCUGAACCAGGAGCUGAAUGAGGCCGUCACGGGCAAGUACCGGGACCAGGGGCUGCAGCUGGACUUCGACGGCUUCGUCUCCUGCCUCGUGCAGCUGGAGGCCAUCUUUCGGCUGUGCAAGGAGCGGGACCGCAACAGCGACGGGGUGGUGACCAUGACCCAGCAGGAGUGGCUGGCGCUGGUGGCCCUCACCUGACACGGAGUCGAGAAAGGAGUCGCGUCCCACCCAGCCCCCGGGCUGCUCCGGCACCGGCACCGGCCCCUUCCCAUCUCGACCGGCAAAACGCGCGCUAACCAACCUGGCUGACCCUCCGGACAGACACACGGACGCGGCCCUGUUACCGUUUUUAAAAAGAAGAGCGAUUUAAUUUACACAGAAGUACUAAAUGUACAUAAUUCUUUAAAAAAAUUGUUAUACACAAUAAAUACAGUACAAAAUUA